UGGAGUGUUGUUUUCAUCGUGUUAGGAAAGUAGGGGCGUUAGUCAAUAACUUUAUUAAAUCGAUGUUUGUUGUUGAGUUAAUCAAAAUGAAUCAAACAUCAAGAACUGGUUUAAUAGCAAGCCCUACAAAAAAGAUUUACAGAGCACAAAAAGUAUCUACGAUUCAAUUGCGGGCAUUUGCACACUCUGCACCCUUCGUCCUUAAACCCUUUGCAGGACUUUACAACCCUUAUCCAUACGGAUGUUCACUCCUUUGCAAUCAUCCAACAGAUAACGAAGCAAAGGAAUUAUUAAAAAGAGUGAAAGACUCUUGGGCCACUGAGGGCAAAAACUUGUUAUUAACUGAAGAAAUUGAAGCCAUCAGAGCCGGAUUCGAAAAUUUUCAACCCCUAGAGAAAAACAAUCAAAAACAUAUCCAAAUAAAUGCCCUAGAUAGCGUCCCUGAGGAAUUAUUCAGACGGUACACAGAGACGGACUCGAGACCUUUAACACCCGCUCCCACAUUGGCAAGUGCUGCAACCAGAGCAUCGGGAUCUAGGAGGUGUGUCACGCCUGACCCCGCUCCUACCAAUCAAAUUCGAGAAAAGACACUCCUUAUUUUAGAUUUGAGGCGGAGCCACAGUCAGGAGACGCUGUCAUGGCAUGGAAGUUCCUCUUUGCAAGAACCACCAAUUAUACGCAUACAGAGAGUUCCCACACGAGUUGGGAGCUUCGAUGAAAGUGUUUCACCGAAAACAAAGUCGCCGACACAUUUAUUGACAAACCCGAAUGUGUCGAGGUCAUCGACCCCCAGCUCGGUCAAGGCCCUCAAAAAGAAAACUAAAGAAGCUGAAGAGCCCCAAACUAAAGAAAAACAAGAAGAAAAAAAGUCUGACGAUGAGGAGGAAGCAGAGGACGAAUUUAUUAAACGUAGAGGGAAAAAAAGGAGGAAGAAAAGGGAAAGUUCGAGCGGAGCGCCGGCUUUUCAGACUUCAAUUGACCCAGAAACACAGGUCGCUACGAUUGGUCCAGACUCGCACAACCCCAGUGCUCGCCCCUCCCUGGUACCAGCCACCCCUGAAGAGGCUUUGGAAGUCCCCAACACGGGGAAAAGGUCCGCCAGGCCGUCAAAAUGUUGGGAUGUCGACUCGUUCCUAGAUGUUGAAAUCUUGAAACAAUUGGGACGUGAGUUAAAUGAGGAAGUGAUUGAUAAUGAAUUCAACCAGAAACGACGAACUGCAUUACAAGAAGCUCUAAAAACUGUUCCAAAAGAUAAAACAAAUUGUGAAGCUCUUAUUAAAAUCCAAAACGAGUUAAAAUUGCCUCCUGUCAAUACAGAAUUAUGGUUGUCUUUACCACGUGUUUUUACCCGCUCUAGUGCCCGAUUCGAGCUCCCUCUAGAUAGCAGGACCUUAGAAACUAUGACACCUCUCCAAUACAUCCAAAAGAAUGUCAGUAUUACAAGCCCUAGAAAAUUAUUAUACAACUGCAUUUUCAACAAGUUCAAAAUCGACGAACUUGAAGCGACUAGUGAAAGAAAGAUUCGAGGAAAAGACAUCCAGAGUGCGCUGAAUUUGAUGAUGGGUAGAGCAAUGACAGAGAAACAAGAGAAGUACUAUCGCGAUUUGAUUGGUUGGAAAGAUGAUGACGUCAUGGAUUUUAAAACGUUUUGUGGCUUGUGCGCCCUCUGCGAACGUCUCUUGGCUCCUGAGUAUUGUGCACAGUUACCAGAUCGGAAAAACGAUCCUUGUCACGAAAUUGAAACAGCCGAUUUUGAAGCAUUAACAAGGAAAUUAUAUGGAAAAAAGGUGGACAAGAACUUGGUAGAGAUCCUACAAGGGAUUAAGACUCGUUAGGGAUUUUUUAUUAACUUUAAAAUAAACAAUGUAGAAUUGUUGAGUCUAUAAACGUGACUUUAAUGCAAUAUGUACAACACUGACAUCUAAUAACUUAAAAACUAACUUAAAGAGGUAAUCAAUAUCUAUUUUUUUUGUUUUAAUUAAAUAAUCACUAUACAUCCACAAUUACUGCCGACUCGAGGAGUCGAUACCAAGUAAUUUU